GUCUCAACUCACCACGAAUCAUGUAUUCAAUGCAAGCCAAAGAUAACAAACAGUCGGAAUGGACAAAGGUGGCUGGCUGUGCAUACAGUAGGAUAUCUAACCGAGGCCUGAGAAUAUGUCGCGUUCCUCGUUGCAACAGGUUGCAACCUCGUUGAAUCGUUUGCAGUCUCUGUCCGCGAUACACUAAACCCGCCAUUCACUGCAUAGAGUCUUGCAAUGGCAGAACCACACAUGCCAUUCAGCGCCCUCGGUGAGGCGUUGCUCAGAGCAUCUCCUGCCAAAUUCUUCCGCUUGCUAUUAGCAGUCCAUGAUCGCCAAGACUGGCUGAAGCAGACUGAGGCUAUUUACAUAAUUCUCCCCACCAUGACCUGGCAGCCGCCUCCUGCUGCCAAUGAUCCUCAGGCCGAAGCUCAUAUGGAUCGUAUGCUUCGUGAAGGACUCGCAGAAACCAUCAUGCAGGUUGUCGUGGACGAAGCUUCAUUUAUAUGUGACUCACCUCCGAACACUCUUCGGGAGUGUGCAGACGGGGCAAUAUAUGUUGUCCUCGAGACUUUGACGUACCUUGGUAACCAAUUUCGAUCGAAACCAGACGUGAAAUCCAUACGUCAUAUCAUGGACCGAAUACCCGAUUUCUGGUCGAUGAUAUGGACUCAUCGUGACUCGCUGUUGGGUCCAGACUUGGGAGGAGACAUUGAAAGUCUGGAUUUUUCAUUGAGCACUGUUAUCUGCGCUAUGAUUGAGAAGGUCAUGGCAUUGCGUGGAAUAUUCGGAGACCAGAUCAAGUUCAUCGAUACCGGUCUUGAUAUAUAUCUUUACUGUUGGACCACUUCAAAAGCGUCACGUCCCAACGGCGGCGGCCUCUACGAACACGUUCUCGUUGAUCUAUGUGAAGCGAUGUUUUCGGAUUACGUCAAGAGCAAAAUACACGCCUCGCUCAUCGAAACCGAGCUAGGUGUGGUAUUUCUGCGAAAGGUGUACAAAUUGCUACGAGAGCCUGAUACGCUUGACCGACUUUUGCGUGAUACUUUGUGUAUUCUCGUGGCUUGCCUGACCGCUUCUGAGGCAUUGCGCGAUCUCGCGCUGAGUACAAACCACCUCGACCCCCUCUAUGAUACUGUACGUGCGUGGCAUCGACAAAUGUGUCUUGGGAAUAGGUAUACAUUCCAAAUGGCCGGAAUAAUACUCCUGAUCGCUUGCAGAAUUAUUCGGAAAAGAGAUGAUAACCACCGAGUUUUCUUUCCGUCGGCCUGCAAUGGCAAUAUUCUCUCCAUGAUCUCAUAUUAUCUGCUAGAUGUUCAGGCUGAAGAUGAACGCAGUGAGUUAUACACAUUAUCUUGGCCCGUGUCAUCAGUCUUGACACGAAUACACAUAGAGAAGAUGGCACUUCACAUCAUAGGCCUUCACAUCGACCUUGCACUACUCGUAAAACAACCAGCCUCACAGAAUUACAAGGACGCCUUUCAUAUCCUUAGGAAGAUAUGGCUUCCGACCCUUCAAGAACUCAGAGGACGCAUCAACCCGGCUGGAGUCAAAUCGGCAGACACGAUAGAGCUAUGGCAGUAUCUGGGCCGUGCGUUUGGCCUACGAGAAAAUGACGCUCCCGCGCAACUUUUCCCUGGGUUCACCUCGUGCACGAAAAGCUGUCGCUGGAAGGAUUGCUUGUGCUCAUGUAACAAACCCUGGCAUCGUCUUCGUGUAUGCAAAGGCUGUUGGAGAGCCCUGUACUGUAGUUCAAAAUGCCAAACCAGGGAUUGGAAAGUCGGUGGACAUAAGGAGGAAUGCAAGCGAUGGAGAAAGCUACCCGAUGAGUGACCUUCCCACUGACAUAUCGCAGACUUGGCGAUUUGUUCAUGGCGCUGUACAACGAGGUAGGUAUCAACAGUGGAAAUUUCUGUUGCGAGAUCAGAUCCAGGACAGCAACUCUUGGAUUUCAAGCUUCUGUCCUUGCUCGCUGUUUUCGAAGCAUGGCUCAGGGCAACGAUAAACAUAAACUUACUAAGAGUACACAAAUUUCAAAUGAGGGAUUAGAGACUAUUUGAAACUACACGUGUAUUCGAAUAUCUUUCCUGACUAGGAAUGAGACGUUCCAAGAAUAAACUGAUCUUCGUUGUCAUAUCUCGAGAUCUCAAGGGGCACUGAGAACAGUGUGCAUGAACUGAUCAUAAUUGAUCUGUA